AUGGCUGAUUCCCGCCUCUGGCGAAUGUGGGCAGGUGCGCACACUCCGCAGCCAGGGCCCGCCACCAGCCCUCCGCGCAGCCGGGAGCCGCCUCCUUCAGCCCCGGACUCUCCCGGACAUCCGCGCAUGGAUCCCCACACCCGGGAAAAGCACAAUGAACAAUUGGACUUUGCAUUUGGAAGCUUGACAGCUACUAUAUAUGAUUUGUUUGGAGCUGUUACAGAGACAACAAGCACAGGUCAUAGGUAUGAUAACAUGGUGUAUUUAGAAGUACCAAAUGUCAAAGAGGCUAAGGUCCGGGAAGAGAUUGACCACGUGCUUGGCAGACACCAGAGCCCCUGCAUGGAGGACAGGAGCCUCAUGCCCUACAUGGAUGUUGUGGUCCAUGGGAUCCAGAGAUACGUUGAUCUGGUCCCCAGCAGUCUGCCCCAUGUCAUGACCCGUGACAUUAAAUUCAGAAAUUACCUCAUCCCCAAGGGCACAGAUGUAUUAACAAUGCUGACUUCUGUGCUACAUGAUCACAAAGAAUUCCUCAACCCAGAGGUGUUUGACCCUGGCCACUUCCUGGAUGAGAGUGGCAACUUUAAGAAGAGCAAGUACUUCAUGGCUUUCUCAGUAGAUCAAAUGAAUGCCUCAGGACCGGUUAAAGAGAAGAUGGGGAUUUUCAAGAUACUAGAAAAUUCUGAAGAUUCUAGUUUUGAAUGUUUGUUUUAA